AUGGCGCUGGACCACCCCAUGAGACCGACCCUUUGUCCGUUCAGCGGGUCGCCCUCCUUGCUGUUAUGCUACUCCCGGACUGCGCUGAGUCAACUGAUAGAGGCCACCACCGAGCCGCCGAAAAAGAAACCGGACCCCAUCACAUCGGAGACUGUGGUGAUCUGGGGCUUGCGCCUCUGGCAAGUGGUCGGGAUCUUUGCCCUAUUUGUCAUGAGCGUCAUCAUCACUCUGUGUUGCAUCUUCAAAUGCCGCAUCCCUCGGACCAAGAAGGAGAUCGAGGCUCGCUACGCCAAACGCCAGGCUGCCAAGACCUACGCCGACAAGCUGGACACCGUGCCUCCGCUCAAUGAGCUCACCGAGAUCCCAGGAGCAGAAGGAAGCAAAGAAGAGGAGGAGGUGCCCACGGUCUCCGGAAAGGUUGAUGCCCAGAAGAAGAAGAAGAAAGACGAUAAGAAGUCAAAGAAGAAGGAAGGAGAGGAGGAGGAGGAGUCCCAGAAGGAAGAGAAAGGGGGGAAAGAGGGGAAGAAGAAGGGAGGAAACAAGAAAGGAGGGGAGAACCAGAAGGAAGACGAGAAAAAGAAAGGGGAAGAGGAGGGUGGGGGCAAGGACAAGCCCAAGGGUGCCGGUGCCAAGGGAGGGGGCAAAGGGGCUGGGAACCCCAAGGGAGCUGGGGCCAAGGGAGCUGGGGGCCCCAAAGCUGGCGGCGCUGCCAAGGGAGGGGGGCAAGGGCCUGGGACCCCCAAAGCUGGCGGUGCCAAGGGAGGUAGGCAAGGGCCUGGGACCCCCAAACCCGGAGGUGCCAAGGGGGGUGGGCAAGGGCCUGGGACCCCCAAACCCGGAGGUGCCAAGGGAGGCGGGCAAGGGAGCGGGACCCCCAAGCCUCCAGCCAAGAAGCCCCCACCGAAGAAGUGA